AUGGUUGGAAGCAAGAAGACGAGAGGCAAAACCGCCGCGAUGGCUAAAUCCAUGGCGGUCCAAAGCCACUCCACCCACGAUCUCGAGAUCGACAUGGUGGCACCACCACCUCUCACCACCGCACCGACCACUGCCGCCGAACAUGGUGGAACCUCCCAUCAAGGUGGGCUCGUUACCACCACCGACUUAGGCCUGGUCUUGGAGCAACUUCAAGCAUUCCCUCCCUUGCCUCCACGCUCGACGCACGCUCCUGCGUACACCUCCAAUGAAACCCUAGCCCGUGUGCAAUUGGGCUCCACACACUUCUCUCCUCUCGAUCCACAAAGUCAAGCAGAUCUUAAUCUGAGAGUUGACCAACUAGCUCAGAGAAUGGACGACCAAAGCAAUCUAAUAAGGCAACUCCUCCACCAAAUAAGCUUGGCUCAAAACCUUGGCCUUAGACAAUCGGGUGAAGAGAGAAGGAUGAACGAGUGCAUCGGCAGGCAGCUCGAUGGGUACCAAGCAGGUCGAGCAGGAGUGAGCAGACAAGGCGAGGGACAACAACAUGAUCGGCCUGUCGACAUGUCGCAAGCAUCUGCAAGCCACACUCAGAGCAUAUUAAGCUUAAGGAACAACGUGCGCGAAAGGCUGGGCCCACGACUUGACAUCCGCGCCCGCCUGGGCUUCAAGGAAAUGUAUAUCAAAGGCUAG